AUGUCUAAGCACGACUCGGCCAGCACAAGCACCGGAGUCAUGGACCCCGUCGCAGAGCAGAAGCCUCGUCGAGGCUCAAAGGCCUCUCUCGGAAACACUGAUGGCGCUGACCAGCUCCUCGAGAACCUCGGCUACAAGGCUGAGCUGUCGCGUAACCGCUCUACCUUCCAGGUCGCCUUCAUGUCCUUCGUCCUCGCUUCCAUCCCCUACGGUCUCGCUACCACCCUGGUUUACCCUCUGAUUGGCGGCGGUCCCGUCAACGUCAUCUGGGGCUGGCUCGCCGUCUCCCUCAUCAUUGUCUGUGUUGCUUGCUCUCUCGGUGAAAUCACCAGUGUCUAUCCUACUGCUGGAGGUGUUUACUACCAGGCCUUUAUGCUCUCUCCUCCCCGAUGGCGUCGCAUUGCUAGCUGGAUCUGUGGCUGGCUCUAUCUAGUUGGAAACAUUACCAUCACUCUCGCCGUCAACUUCGGUACCGCCCUCUUCAUCGUCGGCUGUGUCAAUGUCUUCGAGAAGAGCCCUGGCGUCGGUGUCCUGUCGGGAGAGGCUUACCAGGUCUUCCUGAUCUUCCUUGCCCUGACUAUCCUGUGCAAUGCUGUCUCUGCGCUCGGUAACAAGUGGCUUCCCUGGAUCGAUACCGCCGCCAUCUUCUGGACCUUCGCUGGUCUCAUCGCCAUCAUCGCUACUAUCCUUGCCAUCGCUAAGAACGGACGCCGUGAUGCUAACUGGGUCUUCACACACUUCGAGGACAACUCUGGCUGGCCCAAGGGAUGGUCUUUCUGUGUCGGUCUCCUCCACGCCGCUUAUGCUACUUCUUCUACUGGAAUGAUCAUCUCCAUGUGUGAGGAGGUUCAGAACCCUCAAGUCCAGGUCCCCAAGGCCAUGGUCGCCACCAUCUUCAUCAACACCUUCGCCGGUCUCCUCUUCCUCGUCCCUCUCAUGUUCGUCAUGCCCGAAAUCCAGGACGUCAUCGUCUCCGCCCAGCCCGUGCCUCUCAUCAUCAAGAGCGCCGUUGGCAGCUCCGGUGGUGCCUUCGGUCUCCUCAUUCCUCUCAUCGUCCUCGCCAUCAUCUGCGGUAUCGGCUGCACAACUGCCAGCUCUCGAUGCGCUUGGGCUUUCGCUCGUGAUGGUGCCAUCCCCGGUGCCAGGAUGUGGUCCAAGGUCAACGCCUCUCUCGACGUUCCACUGAACGCUAUGAUGCUCUGCAUGGUUGUUGAGAUCGUCCUCGGUGUCAUCUACUUCGGUUCUUAUGCUGCUUUCAACGCUUUCUCUGGUGUCGGUGUCAUUUGCUUGACUGCUUCUUAUGCCACUCCCAUUGCCAUCAGUCUCGCUACUGGUCGCAAGCAGGUCAAGACUGGACAGUUCUACCUCGGAAAGUGGGGUGCUGUCGCCAACUGGAUCGCUCUCGCCUGGUCUCUGUUGGCUAUGCCUCUCUUCUGCAUGCCCUCCGCCAUCCCCGUUACCCCCGAAUCCGUCAACUACGCCCCCGUCGUCUUCGUCUUUGCGUGCAUGGUUUCUGGUAUCUGGUACUGGGUCUGGGGUCACAAGAACUACGCUGGUCCUCCCACCAACGAGGACUAA